AUGGCCACAUUCACCGUCAACGGCCAGCUUCUCGCGGCGCCGUUGGGCUGCACCAAACGCCGUAAUCACUCUCCCCUUUCUUCAUCUCGCGAGCUCCGCUUCAACGCACCCUCCCCUCGCUUCCAACCCUUAAAAUACUCUUCCAGCUCACCUAGUCGGAAACCAAACCUUUCUUCCAAUGGUAAGACGAAGCCUGACGGAACCCUAGGUGUUACAAUCGCCUUCGCGGAGACCAUUUGGAAACCAGCGGAGAGAUUCAAAUGUAUCAACGUAGGGCUUAUGACACAACCGAAGCCUGUACCGGUUGAUUCAGACAUGACUGAUAAAGAAAUGUUGGAGUAUUUGAGGAGCCAGGACAAGGAUUACAAGAAGAUGAUUGAAAAGGCAAGGCCUUGUUUGCUCUCUGGACCGAUUCAACGAGAGAUGAUGCUUAUGCUAAGAGACGAAAAGAAAUUAAGUGGGAGGGUUUUGCAGAGGGUUUCGGAGAGAGUUGUGAAAUGGUACCAUGACCAAGGGUAUAAGUUUGCUAAUGUUGUGAAUUACAGGAACUUGAACAGUAAGGAACUUGUAUGUGAAGUUGUUGAAGGAGACAUUACACGUUUGGAUGUUAAGUUUCGUGAUAAGCUUGGUAAUGUUGUUGAAGGUCACACACAGAUUCCUGUUGUGCACAAGGAAAUUCCCAAACAGCUCCGUCCAGGUAAUGUGCUCAACAUGAAAGCUGCGAGCCAAGCUGCUUGUUCUCUGACAUCGAAUCCACGUCCGGAUGAGAAACAUGAAGGAGGUCUUAUUGUCGAGAUCAAUCUUACGGAGGCAGAUCAGAAAUCAGCCGAAUUCGAUACAAAUUGGAAAAUCGUCCCUGGGAGCGGAUUAUGGCCUAAACUGGCUUCGUUACUGCCAGGCGGGUCUGUUUCUUUUGAGCAUCGAAACAUCAAGGGUCUUAAUCGGAGUCUCACGGGUUCAUUGACCUCUAACAACUUCUUGAAUCCUGAGGAUGAUCUUUCGUUUAGGCUUGAGUAUGAACAACCAUAUCUGGACGGUGUUGAAGAUCCAAGAAACCGUACUUUCAAAACGAGUAUCUUCAACAGCAGUAAACUUAGCCCAGUGUUCACUGGAGGACCAGGCUUUGAGGAAGUAGUGCCUCCAAUGGUUGUGGAUCGAGUUGGUAUGAAAGCUAAUAUUACUGAGAACUUCACGCCUCAAAGUAAGUUCACAUAUGGACUUGUGCUAGAAGAGAUAAAAACCAGAGAUGAGCACGGUCGAAUCUCUGCAAAUGGGCUGAGGUUGUUGCCUAAUGGAGGAACCAGUGUUGAUGGACCUCCAACAACUCUAAGUGGUACCGGUACUGAUCACUUAGCCUUUCUACAAGCCAACAUAACACGAGACAACACCAAGUCUGUGAAUGGAACUACUGUUGGAGACAUGAAUAUCUUUCAGGUGGAUCAAGGCUUGGGUAUAGGAAGCAAAUCCCCGCUCUUCAACCGCCACCAGCUAACUUUAACAAAAUUCAUUCCGCUGAAGAAAGUAGAAGAAGGACCCGGUAAGCCACAACCACCUGUUCUAGUCCUCAAUGGCCAUUACGGUGGCUUCGUAGGCGAUCUUCCAAGCUAUCAUGCUUUUGCUCUUGGUGGACCUAACUCUGUGCGAGGCUAUACCAUGGGUGAGCUCGGUGCAGCUAGAAACAUUCUCGAGGUUGGUGCUGAGAUUAGAGUACCUGUGAAGAAAGCACAAUUGUAUGCAUUUGCUGAGCAUGGAACUGAUUUGGGAAGCUCAAAGGAUGUGAAAGGGAAUCCGACAGCGGUUUACAGGAGAAUGGGACAUGGUUCAUCGUACGGUGUGGGUGUGAAACUCGGUUCGGUACGAGCUGAAUAUGCUGUAGAUCACAAUUGUGGAACCGGUUCUCUGUCCUUCCGGUUUGGAGAGAGGUAUUAA